ACGAUGAGCUCCUCCCUGACAUAUGCAGCCUCUUUGGCAUCAUCAUCAUCACUGAUUCUUGUGCUUAUCGCGAUCCUCUCCCUCCUCUCCGGCACCAGCCAGGUCGCUGCCGCCGGACACCCUGAUUAUGCCGACGCGCUCACGAAGGCGAUACUCUUCUUCCAGGGACAGAGGUCCGGCCGGCUGCCGCCGGACCAGGCCGUCACGUGGAGGUCAAACUCCGGCCUCUCCGACGGCUCAGCCGCAAACGUCGACCUCACCGGCGGGUACUACGACGGCGGCGACAACGUCAAGUUCGGCUUCCCGAUGGCCUACACGACGACUAUGCUGUCGUGGAGCGUCCUCGAGCACGGCGGCCGGAUGAAGGCGCGCGUGCACGACGCGCGCGCCGCGGUGCGGUGGGGUGCGGACUACCUCCUCAAGGCCGCCACGCAGACUCCCGGCAAGCUCUACGUCGGCGUGGGCGACGCCGACGCUGACCACCGCUGCUGGGAGCGUCCCGAGGACAUGGACACGCCGAGGACCGUGUACGCGGUGUCGGCGUCCGCGCCCGGGUCCGACGUCGCAGGCGAGACCGCGGCCGCGCUCGCCGCGGCGGCCUUGACAUUCAGGGCAGCCGACCCGGCGUACGCCAGAAGGCUGCUGGCCGCGGCGCGGGACAUGAUGGGGUUCGCCGUGGCGCACCAGGGGAAGUACAGCGACUACGUCGGGGGCAACGUGGGCGCUUACUACCAAUCCUACUCCGGCUACAAGGACGAGCUCUUGUGGGGAUCGGCAUGGCUGCUCUGGGCGACGAAGAACGCCUCCUACUUCAACUACCUCAACUCCCUGAGCGCCAACGACGGCGUCGACAUAUUCAGCUGGGACAACAAGCUCGCCGGAGCCCGCGUCCUCCUAUCACGGGUACGCAUGCAACACGAACAAACCACACCACUAGCUUUGGGCCGCGUUCACGAGUCCGCGUUGUGUUUACGCGUGUGUGCACGCGCGCAGAGAACUCUGGUGGACGGGGACAAGAGGUUCGAGCCGUUCAGGCAGCAGGCGGAGGACUACAUCUGCAGGAUCUUGCCAAACUCCCCUUCCUCCACGACGCGGUACACGCCAGGUGGCCUCAUGCACAAGUCGGGCUACGCCAACCUGCAGUACGUCACAUCCGCGAGCUUCCUGCUCACCACCUACGCCAAGUACAUGGCCGUCUCCAAACACACCUUCUCCUGCCAGAGCCUCCGCGUCACCUCCAAGUCCCUCAGGGCUCUCGCCAAGAAACAGGUGGACUACAUCUUGGGUGUCAACCCCCAGGGGAUGUCCUACAUGGUGAACUACGGCGCGCGGUGGCCGCAGAGGAUCCACCACCGGGCGUCGUCCAUGCCGUCGGUGGCUAGCCACCCGGCCCACAUCGGCUGCCAGGAGGGGUUCCAGAGCUACUUCUACGCCGGCGGCGCCAACCCCAACGUGCACACCGGCGCCGUCGUCGGCGGGCCGGACGAGCACGACGCGUUCUCGGAUGACAGGGGCGACUACGCGCGGUCGGAGCCGACGACGUACACCAACGCGCCCCUCGUCGGCUGCCUCGCCUACCUUGCGGGUACACACAGGAGCUGACCACUGACGACGACGAUGGGUCAUGCAUGUAUCUUACAAGCAAUGUUCUAGCUGAUAGCACCUGAUUUCGGUGUCCUUUGCGCUUACAAAUGCAGCAGCGAAAAAUUGGCAUUACUUUCUCAAGCCGAGAGAACAACUGCAUGCAAAUGGGAUAUGCGAACAAUCACAUGUAUUGAU